GGUAAAAAACCAAUAUAUACACCUCAACCGAUUCGGUAGGCUAACCGAUUCUAAUUGCAUACAUUUAGGGGCCGAACAUUUCAAAAUUUGGCCGUUAAAUAACCAGUGGAAUGAACAAGAACCUUAAACAUGAGAUUAAAUCAAUUUAUGGUGCGAAAAACUACCCAAAUAUUAUCUUUCGACAGUGAAAAUGUAAUGGCAUCUUCCUUCCCUCUUCCGUAGUAGCACUAUUUAACGUUUAUAAUGUAUUUUUCAAAGAUAUUUAACUGAAAAGGUGUGUAUGGUUUUGGGACAAUUAUUAUGUCUAAAUCAUCUUUUAUCCAUCUGGAAGGGACGGGGGAAGGUACAAGCGAUGUACUAGGUAUGUACUCGCUCCCUCCCCCACCCCUCCUGCACUUUCCACAUGUAUUUCUGUGUCCGGCUCAUUCUAUGGUUAUCUAACGGCAAAAUUUUGAAAUGGAUAACCGCCAAAAUUAUUUGAAUCGGUUGAGGUGUAUGUUUUGGUUUUUUACCUGAACGGCAUAGUAAUAAGAAUAAGCGAGUAAAGUUUGCAUUCGAGUAAAAAUAGUAAGGAUGUGAUGUCAUGAGGCCGAUCUCGUGUGGAAAAUAAUCUAACUAGCUGAUUUUCUGAGUUACGCCGGGAUAAGAAAUUGAAGCUGUUGAAUGGAAAAAGGCUGUUAAAUACUUCAUUACGCUAUACUAUAUUCUGUCCCCUGACGACAAAAGUUUUCAUUCGAAGUAGCAUAUCAAUCCAGUGGAGGAAUCUACUAUUUCCCAAGAAUGGCAGUGCUUAUGAAAGCGGCCAAGUGCCCAACCGAUGAGCUAUCGCUCAAGAAUAGGGCCAUCGUCAGCGGUUCCGAUUUCGGUCCCGAUAUCAAGUACAUCGAUGUGUCGACGGCACCGGGUCAGCAUUUUAUUUUCUCCACCGAGCGUACGAUGGCAGGUGAAAUCAACCCCGGAUGUAUCGGGUUUUCACUGUUGCAGCGUAAAUGGGCUACGCUAUCGAUCAACCAGGAUAUCAGCAUUAAGCCGUUCCAUUUUGAGCGAUCGUCCGAGGUUCUCUGCAGCAUCGCGCUGGAAGUUGACUUCCUACAGAAGAAAACUGUUACCCACGAACCGUACGAUAGCGAUCAAAUGGCAAAGGAUUUCCUGCUACAGUUUGCCGGUUUAGCGGUUACGGUUGGUCAGCCGCUUGUAUUUAACUUUCAGGACAAGAAGCUGCUUUGCCUGGCGGUAAAAACGUUGGAAGUGAUCGACGCGGCGGCAAUGGCUGCCGGAGGAAAUGGUGGAGGAGCCGGUGGUUCGACCGAACCGAAACGCGUCAACUUUGGCCGUCUGCUAGCGAACACAGUCGUUACUUUCGAGAAGGCCGAAGGAUCGGGACUGAAUCUUGUCGGACGGUCGAAGGGGCGCACAACCGCCGUUCGCCAGUCGAUCAUCAAUCCGGAUUGGGACUUCGGACGAAUGGGCAUCGGUGGUCUGGACCGCGAGUUCAACGCAAUCUUUCGGCGUGCAUUCGCAUCACGCGUCUUCCCGCCGGAGGUCGUCGAGCAGCUUGGUUGUAAGCACGUGAAGGGUAUACUGUUGUACGGACCGCCCGGUACCGGUAAAACAUUGAUGGCCCGUCAAAUCGGUACGAUGUUGAACGCACGUGAACCUAAGAUCGUUAACGGACCCCAGAUAUUGGAUAAAUACGUAGGCGAGUCGGAAGCUAAUGUUCGGCGACUGUUCGCUGAUGCCGAAGAGGAAGAGAAACGACUUGGGCCAGCCAGUGGUUUGCACAUCAUUAUCUUUGAUGAGAUCGAUGCUAUUUGCAAGGCUCGCGGUUCUGUUGGUGGAAACUCAGGUGUUCACGAUACCGUAGUGAAUCAGCUGCUGGCUAAGAUCGAUGGUGUUGAGCAGCUGAACAACAUUCUCGUGAUCGGUAUGACAAACAGACGGGACAUGAUCGAUGAGGCACUGUUGCGUCCUGGUCGGCUGGAGGUGCAGAUGGAGAUCAGUCUUCCGAACGAGGAUGGUCGCGUGCAGAUUUUGCGCAUCCACACGCGCCGCAUGAAGGAGUUCAAGAAACUGAACCCGGACGUCGAUCUUGCGGAGCUGGGACAGAUGACAAAGAAUUUUAGCGGUGCCGAGCUGGAGGGUCUGGUACGUGCGGCACAAUCGACUGCCAUGAAUCGGCUAAUCAAGGCAGCCUCUAAGGUUGAAGUGGACCCGGCUGCCAUGGAAAAGCUGAUGGUAACCCGCGAGGACUUUUUGCAUGCAUUCGAGAACGAUAUUAAACCGGCUUUCGGCACGGCCGCGGAAGCCCUUGAGAACUACCUGACCCGAGGUAUUAUUAACUGGGGUCUACCAGUGGCACACCUGCUGGAAGAUGGAGCACUGUAUACAGAGCAGGCACGAGGUGCCGAAGGUUCUGGUCUCGUCUCGGUACUGCUUGAGGGCCCACCGAACGCAGGCAAAACGGCAUUGGCGGCCAAGCUCGCUAAACUGUCCGAUUUUCCCUUCGUCAAGGUGUGCAGCCCCGAUGAAAUGGUUGGCUUUACGGAGAGUGCCAAAUGUUUGCAAAUUAGAAAGUAUUUCGACGAUGCAUAUCGUUCGACUUACAGCUGCAUUCUAGUCGACAACAUUGAGCGUCUCCUCGACUACGGUCCGAUCGGUCCUCGUUACUCUAACCUGACGCUGCAAGCGUUGCUAGUACUGCUGAAGAAACCGCCACCAAAGGGCAAGAAGCUACUUAUUCUCUGCACCACGAGUCGGCGUCAAGUGCUGGAGGACAUGGAAAUGUUGUCCGCGUUCACUGCGGUACUACACGUACCGAAUCUAUCGACUGCCGAGCAUCUGGUGGCCGUGUUGGAGCAGGAACCGGACGUUUUCGGUCGCAAUGAGUUGGCCGCUAUCUACAAGCGCGUCAAGGGACGUCGAAUCUUCGUUGGUAUCAAAAAGCUGCUCGACCUGAUUGAUCUAGCUCGCCAGAUGGACCCUCAGGUGCGGAUGAUGAAGUUCUUAUCCAAGCUUGAAGAAGAGGGCGCCAUCGAAGAUGCAACGGUCGCCAAGUAAGGGGUGGAAAAGAAAACUAAGCAACUCUUGUCAAACGCAACGCGAACUUAAAUCGCUCGCACUUUUACGGAUUAUACUGGGUUUGUGAUUUUGAUUUUUACAUUUCCGCAUAUUCGAAAAGUGCUCGAAUCAGCUCAGAAGUAGCUUGAAAAGCCAAUUGACUCGUUACUUUACUCUUGUAAAUCGGAUCACCACGUACCUGCCUUUAAGUUUGCUCCUUGUUUAAAGUUGUUUGUCACGGUGUGUUUUUGUGCGCUAUAUCAGUGUAGUAGCGAUGAGUAACAUUAGCAACCCACCGUGGGCGUGGGUUAAAAUAAUCUCGCAGGACUUGAGUGUACACGGUCAACGAACCAGUACAUUUUGCUUUCUACAUCCGUUAACUGUUGUUGUAGUCAAACUGACGUUAUUGUACUAUUUUGCAUUUGUUGAUAAUUUUUGGCCUAUAUCGGGGGAGGGGGCCGAAAGCAAAAACGGAAUGUAGUUCGCUUGCUAGUUGAUUUAGGUGUACGCUGCAUGGUGACCGGAAGCGAGAGAGAGAGAGAGAGAGUAUCAAUUAUAUUGCACCAUAACAUACUGCUAUACAAAGUAUCGCGCAAUUUACUGCUUGAAGAUUAUAAUGGACAAUUACUAUUACACAAGAAGUUAUGUAAAAACUGAGACGAAAGGGGACACGAAAACUAUUCAGCGAUAACCCGGCAAGAAGACACGAGAAUGCAUCCAAAGUAUUACCCUCAAUCAUAGUAUCGUUAUUGGGUGAAAGUUAAAUUGAGAGAAUAUAAAAGAGUAUGCAAAACGUUAAAAUACAACAAUUUACAAAUCACUAGCGAACACUAUGGACGCGUAACAGUAGCGGAACUAAAAGGAAGUAAUAAACUAAAAGUAACAUACGAUACAUUCCAUUUGUUUGUGGUUGCAGUCAAACAAAUGCAGCUAGUUCUUGAGCACGUAGGCUGCGCACUAGAAGCAACAUAGCAAGCGCGUCAGUAAUGUUACACAUUGGACAGGGCACGCUAAAGAACGCAGUGCCCUUCAAUAGCUCAAGGAAGAAAUCGACUGUUAAUGAUGAAUAUUACCCGUUUUCCCGCGUAGUUCAGGAGUGUAUGCCAUUAGACAGCAUCAAGUAAAGAAAUUUCCUUAAUAAUUCGAGGAAAUUAAGGCUUAAAAAAGGAUACCUUAUCUUAUAGCGAUAGUGUGUCACCAUUGCCACCGAACCCCGUCCCUCUGAAAUGAUCUCGUGCUGAGAAUUGCAAGGUGUGUAAGGAAAAACCCAGAAAGCAUUCGAAGCUGCUAUUCUAAUAUCACUUCAAGCCUCAAGAUCAAUUACACUCACUAACGGGAAUGAGCAUUGACGGUUAACGAAUGAUACUAUCUCUACCUAUCUAGCUUGAUGUUGUGUUAAUAUAAUAACAAUAAAAUGACACGCGAUUGGUAA